UGUUGUUAACUGUCGUUGCUUGAGCUCAUCUGCUCUUUUGUCCAGACAACUUGCUCAAAUUGGUGAAUGCCACUAAUGAUUUUUUUGGAAUUUUAGUGCUGCAAAAAGAUAACUUCAAACAACACAUAACGGAAUCAUUGUUAAGCACAUACAGAUUCAAGGAAAAUAGUCGAGGCAAAAUCCAGAAAAAAGUUAAUGACACUUUUUUUAAUCCUCAAAGUAUUUUAAAUGGCGGAUUCCACCACAACGGUCUCAGCCUUCCCAGAGAGGGCAAAUUCAGUACUAACGAUUAACGAUUGUAAUUCACGCGUAAAUCUUACGGAAAAGGCACAUAGAAGCAAUGAAUACCUACCAUCGGAUUACCGCGACCAAGUCCACGGUCAGUCGACAAGCGGCGCAUUUAUGCAUUUGCUGAAAGGUUCAUUAGGUUUUGGUCUGUUAGCGAUGCCAAUGGCCUUUGCCAAUGGCGGGCUGCUGUUCAGCAUGAUUGCUACGCUGGUGAUUGGUGUGCUGUGUACGCAUUGUGUGCACAUAUUGGUCAAAACAUCACAAGACGUCUGUAAGGAAUAUCAAAUACCUGCAUUGAACUUUGCACAAACUGCAGAGAGAGUUUUUGAGAAAGGGCCAAAAUCACUACAAUCAUGGUCGGUUUUUGUGAGACGUACCGUUGAUGGCGGCCUCAUGACCACCUACUUUGCAGGAGCUUGUGUUUAUAUGGUAUUUAUAGCUACAUCAUUUCACGAUGUCAUCAACUAUGAUCUCGGCCUGGAUUGGGAUGUGCGCAUUUAUAUUGCCAUGACUGUGAUACCUUGCCUAAUGAUUGGUCAAAUAAGAAAUUUGAAAUUGCUGGUGCCAUUUUCAACAUUGGCAAAUGGUUUCAUUGUGAUCACAUUCGGCAUAGUGUUAUACUAUAUGUUCAGCGAGCCGCUGGAAUUCUCAGAUAAGCCGCUGAUUGCGGAAACCACAAAAAUACCGCUUUUCUUCGCUACCGUAAUCUUUGCGAUGGAGGGUAUUGGUUCGGUUAUGCCUAUUGAAAAUGCAAUGAAGAAACCACAACAGUUUCUGGGUUGUCCUGGCGUGCUAAAUACAGCUAUGCUUGUUGUGGUCGCCUUGUAUGCGACUAUCGGUGUCCUCGGUUACGCACGUUAUGGCAAUGAAGUGCGCGGCAGCAUUACCUUGAACUUAAAGGAAGGCACAAUUUUGGCCGACAUAGCAAAACUGCUAAUAGCCGUUGCCUCGAUUUGUUCUUUUGGUCUGUUAUUUUAUAUACCAAUCGAUACGCUCUGGAAAAAUAUAAGUCAUAAAUUCAAUGAAAAAAAUCACAACAUUACACAGAUAAUCCUGCGUACUUGUAUUAUAUUAAUUAGUGGCGCGAUAGCUGCUGCUAUACCGAACCUGGAGCCAUUCAUUAGUCUUGUGGGUGCGGUCUUCCUCUCACUAUUGGGAUUUUUUGUGCCCAGCGUUUGUGAAACAGUGCAUUUGUGGCCAGAUCGCUUGGGUUGGUGCAAAUGGAAGUUGUACAAGAAUUUACUAUUAAGCUUAUUUGCGAUAUGUGCUCUGGUUGCUGGCGCUACAGCGAGUAUAAACGAAAUCAUUGAGUCGUACAAGUCAUAAACAGACCCAACGUAGCCACUGAUGACAUACUACCCCAUACAUAUGUAAAUAUGUAUUUACAUAUAAAGUUCAAAACGUAAGCUUAUUUAGUGUAACAUACAAUUGUUUAUAUACAUAUGUGAACCAACUACUUAAGACAGCAAUCUCAAAUGAAAAAUUUUAAUCAGCCUUCUCGUUAGUUUCGCCCGUAAACAAAUUCGCCCGAAUUCUUUUCAUCUGUCCGUAGUGAAUGCAUGGAAAGGAAAAGUGGGCGGGUCCGGGGAAUAUGAAACUCAUGAUAAGGCCGCAUAUUUAUUUAUAUGU